AUGACCGAGUCCAUCGAGUCCUCGCCCAAGGUCGCCGAGCCUUCUGUGAGCACGCCAUCGUCUGAUUCCGCCGAUUCCAACGACUCGCAGCACGAGGUUACCAUCACCGAGGCCAUGUUGAAGGAGGAAGAAAAACUGGAGGAGGAAACCCAGGCCAAAGAAAAGGAAAAGAUUGCCCAGUUGAAGGCCAAGGCUGCUUCAGAGUUCACCGAUACUGUCAACAAGCAGCGAUUCCAGCGUCUAAACUUCUUGAUUGAAAAAUCAACCCUCUAUGCCAACUUCCUGGCAAAAAAGUUGGAGAAACAGCAGCAAGAUGCCCGAGACAAGGCGGCCGCAGAGGAGGUGAAGCGUGAGGCAGAGAAGGAAAAGAGAGCGAAGGAAGGUGUCAGCGAAGAGAUUGCCAACUCUGCCAAACCAACAGCACCUACUGCAACCAGGACUAGCACUCGUCACAGUGCCGCCAAACAGGAGCCAGCAUCGACUGUCACCAUCAGGAAGGAGAGGAUGAGCGCUGCCUCAGCCGCUUCAAAGAAACGCAAGGCCGACGAAACCGAGUACAGCAUUGCGGACUAUCUCACCAAGGACACCCUCAAGAAGCAGAAGCAGGUUGAAACAGAAGCAGACAAGAAGGCUUCGGCUCCAGCCCCUGCUCAACGUGUCAUAUCUGCCCGUCAACCCAAGUUGGUCACAGGAGGAGUUCUUCGCGAUUAUCAGCUUGCCGGUGUCGAGUGGAUGGUCAGUCUCUAUGAGAACGGUCUGAACGGAAUCCUCGCUGAUGAGAUGGGUCUCGGAAAAACCCUUCAAACAAUCUCGUUCCUGGCAUACCUCCGUGAAAGGGGUGUUUGGGGACCUUUCCUUGUCGUCGCCCCUCUUUCCACUCUUGCCAACUGGGUCAUGGAAUUCGAGAGAUUCGUCCCUGGUAUUCCUGUCGAAAUGUAUCACGGAACUCCAGAAGAACGAGAGCACAAGCGGAAUCACAAACUCAAGAAACUCGACACCACAUUCCCUGUCGUCAUUACUUCUUACGAAGUCAUCAUGCGCGACAGAAAGUACCUUUCAAAGUACCAGUGGAAGUACAUCAUUGUCGACGAGGGACACCGACUCAAGAACAUGGACUGCAGGCUCAUUCGCGAGCUGAAAUCCUACCACUCUGCCAACCGUCUUCUCUUGACCGGAACACCGCUUCAGAACAACUUGUCGGAACUGUGGAGUUUGCUCAACUUUUUGCUGCCUGAUAUUUUUGACGAUCGGGAAGGAUUUGAAGAGUGGUUCGAUUUCUCAGACAUCAACGCCAAGGAAGGGCAGGAUCGUAUUCUUGGUGAGGAAUCGCAGAGCGGUAUUGUUUCGAGCUUGCAUCACAUCCUGAAGCCAUUCUUGCUUCGACGCGUUAAGACCGAUGUCGAGAAAUCGCUCCCCAAGAAGAAAGAGUACCUCCUUUACGCUCCUCUUACACCGGUGCAGAAGGAGUGGUACGAUGCCACGCUAAGCAAGGACAUUCGCAAGUUCAUUAUCCAGAAAAAGUCGGGCUGGGAGAAUGCUGGGGAUUCUGAAGAUGAACUGGAGGAGGCUUUGCAGAAGACCGAUGCUAUUGCGUUGGGCGAGGAUGGAUUGGACACACGCGAAACCUCGGAUGCAACGUCGGAGGCUGUUGAGGGACAAACAACUAUCGUCAAGACUCGUCGUUCGCGUGGAGCCACUAUCAAGUCAUACGCCGAAAAGUCUGAUAUGCAAUACUUCAAGGAGCUCGCGAAAGGGCCUGCUGAGGCUGCUGUCAAAGAGCUUACGGCGCGCGAGAUUGAUAUCCGACGGGCUACAAAGGCAGUCGUUAAUAUGAACUUGAAGAAUGUGAUCAUGCAACUCCGCAAGGUCUGCAAUCACCCCUUCCUCUUCGACUGGCCUCUGGAUCCCUUGACGAACUUGCCCGUUGUUUCGGAGGAUCUCUUGAACUCGUCCGGAAAGAUGCUUGUUCUCAACCGACUUUUGGACGCCCUUUUCGCACGCGGUCACAAAGUCCUCAUCUUUUCUCAGUUCACAACCAUGCUGGACAUUAUCGAGGAAUGGGCAGUGACUUAUAAGAAGUGGCAUGUCUCUCGUAUCGAUGGAAUGGUCAAGCAGGACGAUCGUCGGCGACAGAUCUCCGAGUACAACUCCAAUCCAGCACGCAAACUCUUCCUGCUUUCGACCCGCUCUGGAGGACUGGGUAUCAACCUGACCUCGGCCGACACCGUCAUUAUCUUUGACAGCGAUUGGAACCCUCAAAUGGACUUGCAGGCACAGGAUCGUGUUCACCGUAUCGGUCAGACUAGGCCCGUUAUGAUUUAUCGCCUUGUCACAGCCAACACAGUCGAGAACAGGAUCAUUGAGAGGGCAAACAGCAAACGCAAGUUGGAAAAGCUGGUCAUUCACAAGGGCAAGUUCAAGCAGGCUCCUUCGCUGGCGAAUGCUGCCAACGAUCGCAAGACCAACCUUGCCGACCUUGCAGCAAUGUUGGCACAGGAUGACGGCGAGAGAAUUCAAUUGGUCAACAAGGACGAUAUAGUUAUUUCCGACAAGCAUUUGGAGGUCUUGUUAGACCGAAGCGAUGCCGCCUAUGCCACCAACGCCACGGUGACAUCUGCCAAUCCCGAGUCUGGCGUGACGACGUUUGCUGCAGUGGAGGAGGUUAAGGACGAUCAGAACGAUGUCCUCAAGGUCGACAACAUGGGCACUUCUGACUGA